AUGUAUUCCAUUGUGGAAUUUCUGGAGGCGAAGGAGGUGGAGUUGGUGCCAUCAGUAUGGGUCACCAAUGAUGUGGAGACCGAAAAGAACAAAAAACGUCGUCGCAAAGCAAUGAAAAACCAUCGUUUUCUAUCAUCUUCAGAGGAUGAAGCGCCGAUGUCCUCCAUCCCUGCGGCCCAAGCCGUUCAUUUUAAUGCAUGCCCCCCUCCUCCCUUUGUUAAUUUUGACCCACCCGCCCCCAGUCAAUCACCACCCCUCCCCCCAACAUACACGGAGCUCACGGCAGCACUGCCAGGAUACCAGCAUUACCACUGGUCUCCACAAGCUCCACAACCAGAACCAGAAAGCUCUCAUGGAAGCCACUCUGGCUUGGAGGAAGCCAUUGACCUGCCACUUGCAGACCUCCCGCAGCUGUUGGCAAUGGAGGACAAGCUUGGCUCACCAGAGUUCCGCUGUUCACUGACUAACUACCUAGGGACAAUCGGGGGCGCCAACGUCCAGGACACGACUUCCCGCAUAUUAAAAAAAAUUCUGAGCCAUUCCCUGGCCCAGAAAAUGAAUUGGAGGGGGGUCAACGGCAAGACUGCCCUGGCCACCCUGCAUUUGCGCAAGGUUGUCGUCGUGCCCGAAGGCCACAAGCGGAACGAUGCUCCGACCCCAAGUGCCCUCUACUGCACUGUCCCUUUUGUCCAAAUUAUAAGGGGGAUUUUGCGAGGGUGGAAGUGCAUAUACAAAGCCACCAGAAGACUGUGGUACGUUACGGAGACUUUGCCAUUUAUAUGUACAACUGGGGCUGCAGAGGUGGUAGUCACUUUCACUGCUAACCAGCCACCACUGCCCACUCUGCCCCAGAACCAGCCGCCUCUGCCCCACAACCAGCCGCCUCUGCCCGCUCUGCCCCACAACCAGCCGCCUCUGCCCCACAACCAGCCGCCUCUGCCCACUCUGCCAGUCCUGGCUAACUCCAGAUCAAUUCAGACCCUCCCGAAGCUGCCCCUCCCGGAGCUCUCGGACACACUGGCCCUCUACCUGAGCAGCAUGAAGCACCUGCUCACAGAGGAACAGUUCCAUACUACUCAGAGCCUGGUCAAACAGUUCAGCGCCCCCGGAGGAGUGGGGCCGCUACUGCAGCAAAAGCUCAAGGAGAGGAGGGACAACACCGACAACUGGGUGAACGAGUACUGGCUGAAUGACAUGUACCUGAACAACCGCUCGCCUCUACCUGUGCACACCAGUCCCGCCAUAGUGUUCCCCCCACAGCCCUUCAGAGCCCCCAGCGACGCCCUGAGCCGUGCUCUGCCUGUGGACUACAUUCAGGGCCAGUUAGCAAGGACCCCCAUGUGCAUGGAGCAGUACUACCGCCUCUUCACCUCCAAUCGCCUCCCGGGGCCUCAGCGUGACACUCUGGUGACCCAGGAGACGUGCGUAAUGCCCGAGCAGGAGCACAUCAUUGUGGCCUGUAAGAACCAGUUCUUUGUGUUGGAUGUGGUGAUAAACUUUUGUCGCCUGAAUGAGAGGGACCUGCUCACUCAGCUACAGAGGAUUGCCAAGAUGGCCGACAGCGAGGAGGACCGCCUUCCCCCUGUCGGCCUGCUCACCACGGACGAACGGAGCCAGUGGGCGGAGUCUCGCUCGGUGCUCAUGAGAGGUCAGCUGUUUUUUCCUUGA